CAUAUACACUGAUUUCUUGAUGAUAUGACAAACUGACCUGUGUUGGCAAAAUUUUGAUGAUAAAUUUUGACAGGACAUUCCCAAAGAUUCGGAUAAAUGCGCGACAUAAACGUAAAAUGGCAUAACCAUGGACCGAGGACAACGUUCUAAUUUUGAUUAAAAAACUGAUCAAUUGGGAUAUUUUACUUUCAUUUGAAAGCAAAAGUACGAAGGGUAAACAGGGUAACAGCAAAGACGAACUAAUUCAGAUUAAAGGAUGGCGAAACUUGUAAUAUUUCUCGGUCUUGCUUUUGUCGGAUACGCCCUUGGAAGAGCGGUUGAUGAACGUAUCGGUCCAAUGAACGCCAUGGACAACCUCCACGGCGUACUGAUGCACGGCGAUGCCAAGGUUGGUGAGGACCACAGAGGGGAAGACAAAAUGAAAGCCCUACAAGAAAUGGACGAAAUGUUGAACGACAAGAAACAUAUUGGGCCCCAGGAUAGAAUGACUGAACUUCAUGAUACGCUUAUGCAUCCGGACGGGAAGGGGACGUCCCAUGACCUCAGCCAGGAUGGGCCCGAGUUGAAAAAAGAUUUUGGUGUCCCAGAUGCAAUGGACCACCUUCAUGGUGUCCUGAUGCACGGAGAUGGCGCCCAGGGUCGGGAUCACGCCCUCGAGGAUGCCAAGCACAUCGAGGACGAUGCCAAGUCUAGAGGAAGCAUGGAGCUUGGGAACCUCAUGGAAGACGUCCACGGCAUCCUCAUGCACGGGGACAAGACGCGAGGGAAAGAUCACAAACAUGAAGACGAGAAGGAAACUGAGAGCGAUAUACCAGACGGACCAAUAGGUGUCGACCCUGACAGCGCAUUACACAGCGGGGAGCAUAAACACAAUGAAGAAGCGAAAGAAAAACCGGACGAAUUUGAUCCAAAUCGCUUAUGGGAAGAAAAAAGAAAAAAACCCUUAGCUUUUAGUUUUGGACGAUUUAUUUCUUCUGAUAUUAUGGACAAUGUUGAUAAGUUAAAAAAGCGCUAUUUGUCGAGAUUUUUUGGGAGUGCGGAGAAAAAGGACAAUUUGGAGGUGAAAAAGGAUGAUGAUACAGCAAAAAUGGAUAAGGACAGACCAGUGUCUCCUCGGAUGAAAGCUGCUUAUGAUAUUGGACCCAAAAAGGAAGAUAAUCCAUUCGGGAGUGGUGUCAAUGGAAACCCACCCAAACAUGAUGAAACAUGAUUGACAGUUACCAUGGUUACAGGGAACAAUUUAUAGGUAUUCAUUGAUUAUUAUCUUGAUCAUGUGAUUCCAGGUGCCAACAUUUAGAUUGGGAAAACUCAGCUCAGCGAAAUGACCAAUUUGAUUGCAAUAGGACGGUGUCUUCAGACCCUGGUUUCGGCACAUCCUGUGUUCGGUUUCUGCAGUUCAGUGUUUCUUGUUUUACAAUUGCCCUACUUUCUUCAUGGAUACCAUUGAAAAGAUCAAAUGUGUGAUUUUGUUUUCUCUAAUAAAUGCAUAAAGAGAUAUUUCACUACACUUUUUUCAUGGGGGCAGAAGCCAGAUAAUUUACAAAAAUCAAAAUGAUCUUAUCCAGGCAUUCUGGUUGUGAGUUUGUCCUCAAAACGCCAAUAAAAAUUUCUAACAUCACGGAAUAUAUCUCAGAAUGUUCUGGUAUGCCCUUAUAUUGAGAACUCCAAGCAAAGGGUCAUGACACAUCAGUUACAUAAUCCCAUGCAUGGAGACUACCAUCAGUUCCACUUGACAACACCAGGUGACUCUGCUCCGGAUGCCAACUAUGCGUCCAAAUUUUGACAUCCGUUGAUAAUCCGUCUGCUUUCCAGUGGCCAUCAUGAACGAAUAGUGGACAUAUCGUAUCUUGUUGAUAGUUGUAGACAUUGACAUUCUGGUUGUAACCGGACAGGGAGAGGACGUUAUCUUGACUGGGUGAAAACUGAAAGAAACAACCGGAUUUUAGAAAGAUGUUUGAAAUCGUUUAUCCGUUACUCGAAUAGGAAAGUAAUUUACCAUAACCUGGAUAUACUAAACUGUUUCUUACCUGAACACAGACGUCAGCUCCGCCUGAACACAACCCUGUAUCUAGAGAACAGACAUCUCCAGCACUCCUCAAAUCCUUUAGAAUGAUUUUCCCUCUCCUUGUGGCAACAGCAACAACAUCGUCCUUAACGCACAUUGCAGCACAUGAGUCUUUG